GGUUCCACCAUGCCCUCCUUGGAGAUGAGGAUGCACUGGUCCCAGCUCAGUCCCAGCCUGCCGGUAUAGUGCUGGGCUGCUGAUGCGCACCUCACCUGCUGUGGGAUAUCGCUCCAGCAGGGACGCCCUGGGCCUGCACGCCCUCUCUACCAGCAGAGGCAAUGGACGCCCACAUGGAUCUCCUGACAGAACUGGAGCUGCUGGAUAAGGUGCCCACACUAGAGCGGCUACGAACAGCCCAGAAGCGGCGGGCUCAGCAGCUGAAGAAGUGGGCGCAGUAUGAGAAGGAGAUGCAGCACAAGAAGCGGAAGCACGAGAAGAGGAGGAGCGCUGUCAGCCGCAAGAAGGUGUCUUUUGAGGCCAGUGUUGCUUUGUUGGAGGCAUCGCUGAGGAACGAUGUGGAGGAAGUGUGUUACUUACUGAAGAACAAUAUCAGCCCAGACCUGUGUAAUGAAGAUGGACUCACUGCACUGCAUCAGUGCUGCAUAGACAACUUUGAAGAGAUCGUCAAGCUUCUCCUCAGCCACGGGGCGAAUGUCAAUGCAAAGGACAAUGAGCUGUGGACUCCGUUGCAUGCAGCAGCCACCUGUGGUCACAUCAACCUGGUGAAGAUCCUCAUUCAGCAUGGGGCAGACCUGCUGGCAGUAAAUGCAGAUGGAAACAUGCCAUAUGAUCUCUGUGAAGAUGAGCCGACCCUUGAUGUCAUUGAGACCUGCAUGGCUUACCAGGGCAUCACACAGGAAAAAAUCAAUGAGAUGCGGGCUGCCCCGGAGCAGGCCAUGAUCUCUGAUAUCCGAGCUAUGAUUGCAGCAGGACGAGAUCUGAACGGGACAGAUGUUCAAGGUGCUACAUUGCUGCACAUAGCUGGGGCUAAUGGCUACCUGCAUGCAGCUGAGAUGCUUCUAGACCAUGGAGCACGGCUUGACAUCCAGGACUGGGAUGGCUGGGAACCUCUUCAUGCUGCUGCUUUCUGGGGACAGAUGCAGAUGGCAGAGUUGCUGGUGUCCCAUGGGGCCAGCCUGAGUGCCAGGACGGCCUUUGAUGAGAUGCCAAUAGAUUUGUGUGAAGAAGAGGAGUUCAAAGUGUUACUGCUGGAGCUGAAACAUAAGCACGAUGUGAUCAUGAAAUCUCAGAUGAGGCACAAGUCCUCCCUCAGCCGGAGGACCUCCAGCACGGGAAGCCGAGGAAAGGUGGUAAGGCGGGCGAGUCUUUCAGAUCGAACCAACCUUUACAGGAAGGAGUAUGAGAAGGAGGCCUUUGUCUGGCAGCAAUUGGGAGCAGCAGAAGAACAGAGAAACUCAGGCUAUGCUGGAGAAAUCAGAGAGGCUCGAUCCGACCAAGAGAACACAGAUCCAAAUUCAGUGCUGGAGAAUUCUAUGCUCCUUUCUGAGCUAGCUACCAAAAGCAUCCAGAGUGACUCUGAACCCUCCCUCCAGAAUGGACUCAGGGCAACGGCCAGCACUUACCACUACUCAGUUUCCAACGGGGACGUCUGGAAAAUGCACACAGCUCCAGACUAUAGUGCAAGCCAGGCACUUCCCUACAGCAGCCCCAGCAGCCCUGACUCUCAGCAAAUCUGGGGUGGCUACAAGGAGCGCAGCCAUCAAACUCUUUCUGAACUGAAGCGGCAGCGGGCUGCAGCUAAACUGCUCAACCACCCCUUCAUCAGCACCCACUUUGGCACCAAUACGGGUGGGGCAAUUGAGAAUGGGGGUGAGGGCACGGAGCACCUGAUUGAUUCCAGGACUUCUCCUUACAGCUCCAAUGGGAAUUCAGUUUAUUACACAGCGUCCAGUGGUGAUCCCCCUCUCCUGAAAUUCAAAGCUCCCAUGGAGGAAAUGGAAGAGAAAGUGCACGGGUGCUGCAGGAUUUCCUAACGUCAUCGAUAGCUCACUGCAGAGGAGAUCAAAAGUGGAUGGCCAGAUUGGCUUUAUUACUGAGGACGGGCUGUUUCCAUCCCCACAUGGAGAGACCUCCGUUAAGUUACAGAGGACUUAAUGGUGCCAGUCGUUCAUCUUUGAAUAGUACCUUAGCCUGACAGUAACCCGCUGCAGUCAAAGGAGUAAGGCUGGAAGCGUGUGGCCCAUAGGGAAGAAAUGAACUACACGUUGUGAAAGGUACAUUGGGGGCUCCCCGCUCUAAAGCAUGAAGGGUCUUUGAAAGGCAAAACCAUCUGACAUGGAGUCCUCCGUUUCUGGUGGGAGCCCCCAAGCUUGUGGAAUGUGACCCGCUGGGCCUGCCUCUCCCUCGUGGAUGUGACAGGUGUACCCCCUGAGUGUGUGUGGUUAGCUCCCUGCAUUUGUGCAAACAGCCCAGGGAUUGCAAGAGCCGACUUGGAGUCUUUGGUGUGUUUCAUUUGCUUUGCAUGAAGGUGAAGCUGAGCAUUUCACCAGUGCUUGUACUUGGGGAAGUUGUGUGAUGCCUGCGUUAUGGCAGCCCCUGUCAAAUGCUGCAGGCCAGUGUGUGGCCCGCUCGAAUUGCAAUCCAGGGCUGUGCGGUACCAUCAGGUUUGAGAGAUGGAAAUCCAGUAGAAGAAACGUCUGCAAUAAAAUGCUGAGUGAAAGGUUCAGCAAUGGGCUAGAAACAAAUUACUUGUAUUACUGAGACCCUUAGGUUAGUGAAAUCCAUUCACUUUUAACAAUGUCACCUUCCCUAUUGGUGCUGCUGCUUUACUCUCGAUGCUUCACUUGGCUUAAAAACUAGAAUGGUUCUGUUGCUUUCUGUGUCUCCUGCACUAGCUGAGGGCUUUUGGAUUUCCAGAACCUCAGAGCUCUCCUUAAAUUAGGCAAGAAGGGCAAAGAAAUACCUGCUUCGCUAAAAAUGGCAUAGAAAAAUCUCCUGUCUCACUAGGUUUCAUCAUUUUUGUAUGUGAAUAGUUACCUUGUAUGAGAGAGAAAAUAGCUUAUUUCAGUAAGCAAAAGCCAUCCCCCAGCAGCAUGUAGUAGUGACUUUGGGAGUAGUCUAGUGAAGCUCUGAUGGACAGGAAGCCAACAACAGUGUUUUGGGGUAGCAUGUGUUAAAUGUGUGCCAGGUUGCAUUUGAGGAAUCUGUGGCUUGUUAUAACACGGGGUGUGUGAUUGGCUGGCCAAUUCCUGCAAUUGUUCCUAAGGGAGCAGAGCCCUCACCUGAAUAGUGGGAGCAGGAAAACAGUACUUGUCAGGGGCGUGUCAGCUCUAGAGAAAUGAACAUGAUUCCAGGAUAAACCGGCAAAAUAUU